AUGCACAUCCUAUGUCUCCUUCUUUUCUGCUUCGUGGCAGCAGUGACGGGCGUUUCGGCUGGUUCACCCCAGCAGCAGCAAACUGCUACACCACCAAUCCUUAUCGUAGGAACCUUUACGCGUGAUGAAGGCUGGGUUAAUGGCACGGGCAAAGGCAUUUAUACCUACAAGCUUAAUACGACAACUGGGUCCCUCACACCCUGGAAAGUCACGCCUUACGGAGUCAACCCCAUAUACGUCCAGGGCUCCACGAAGGUGUUUAACACUGGUAAGCGUGUAAUCUACGUUGUUAACUCAGUCGAUGACGUGAACCUUGGCAAGCCCGGCUCUAAGACUGGGUAUGUGUCAGCUUUUACCCUGAGCAGUGACGGCUCACUCAAGUUGCUUAAGGCGCGUAGAACGUACGGGGGAUUACCAACCCACAUCUCGGUAAGCCCUUCCCAGAACUAUGUUGUCGUCUCAAACUACGCUGGCAGUAUCGCGAUGUUUCCUAUCAAUGCGGACGGUUCUCUCGCCGAAAAGACUUUUUACCAGGAGUUUUCAAAAGGUAGUAAUGUCGUUAAGGACCGGCAGGCCGAAGGCCACAUACAUAGCUCCACGUGGCUGCCGAAUUCAAAGCACGUUGUUGUUGCAAACUUAGGUAGCGAUGAAUUGUUACAAUACAAGCUGGACGAAAAGAAGCAGACGCUCAAGAGUCUGAGGACGGUGAAGCGUUUACCUGGAUCUGGGCCGCGUCACAUGGUUUGUUCCAUAAAUAUGGCGUACGUUGUGGACGAACUUUCUAACACUGUUGGUGUCUACCCAAUCGAUAAGAAUGCUGCUGUAUUAUCGACCAAGGCUUUGCAAGAGAUCACGACGCUUCCGAGUAGCUUUACAAACGCCAGCACAAGCGCUGACAUCCAUCUGUCCAGUAAUGGAAAGUUCUUGUACACGUCAAACCGUGGUCAUGACUCCAUUGCAAUGUUCAAGAUUAAUUGUGAUGGCACUCUCACGUCGCUUGGGUGGGAGAGUACCCGAGGUAAAUUCCCUCGCGGCUUUGUGGUUUACGAAGACUUGCUGAUUGUGGCCAACCAGAACUCUAACGAUAUGUUUGUGUUCAAGAUUGACUCCAAUACGGGUUUACUUUCGUUCACAGGCAAUUCAUACAAGAUUGGAACGGCUGUAUGCCUCUAUGUUAUGGAGUAUUUGGAAAGCUGA